AUGAUGUCGAACCCGCGAGCCCUGGGCGGUCCUUCAGCCACAGUAGGCGACAGGGAUGGCGAGAUCAUCCAUGGCUUCGAGCUAGAGCCUAGAACGCGCCAGUGA